GAGAAAGCACGGAAUGACAUGCUUUGUAAUUCACGACGUAUCAUUUACAACGUGUACGAUUAAACUUUCUAUUCGUCAAAUCGACGACCCGGAAAUUGUAAUUUGACGUACGCAAUUUUUCUAGGCUUCGAUGACUCAAUGCACACAAUGCGAAUAGACCGGAGCUUAUUGCGAGAAUAAAAUUUUACCAGUUCGAACACCUUUGAAGAGAUGUAAUAGUUUUGGACAUUUGGACAUCUGUGUUUGGAACUAACGAGCCAUGGAUUUACCGAUUUAUUUGCUGGUUGCCGUUGCAGCCUUCACGGCAGUCGACGGCCUGGAGGGACCAAAUAUAUGCACGAGACAAGAAACUUACAAGAUAACAGUGAGAGUGUCCGAACAGCAGCCGUACACCGUCCGAGACUACACGUGGUGUCUCAGUUUUCCUCCUCGAUGCUCGAAAUACAGAGUAGUGUACAAGACCGUGUACAAAGAACAGGAAUUAACGAAGCAAAGACCGGUGGAGGAGUGUUGCAAGGGUUACGCAGAAACCACUGAUGGAGAGCGCUGCAUUCCUAUCUGCUCCAAGGACUGCGUUCACGGCACUUGCAUAGCACCUGACGUCUGCAAGUGUGAAUCGGGAUACGGAGGACCAUUAUGCGAUUACAAAUGCCCACCGGGUAAAUGGGGCAAGUCUUGCGAGAAGGACUGUCUGUGCCAAAACGACGCCAGCUGUGACCCAUUCGAUGGCAAAUGUAGGUGUACCAGAGGCUGGACCGGCGACUAUUGCGAGCAGCAGUGUUCACCGGACCGGUAUGGACAAGAUUGCGGCGAAGAGUGUCGUUGUAGGAACGGUGGAAGUUGCCACCACAUUUCUGGCGAGUGUCAUUGUGCUCCUGGGUAUACGGGACCUCUUUGCGACGACUUUUGUCCACCUGGUAAACACGGUGACGAGUGCAAAUCGGACUGCAAGUGCCAGAAUGGCGGUUCUUGUAAUCCUACGACUGGAAGCUGCUACUGUGCACCUGGGUGGACGGGUAUAGUUUGCGCUCUCCGCUGUCCGGAAGGUUUCUGGGGCAAAAACUGUUCUCAAGUUUGCGAUUGUUACAACAAAGCUAGUUGUCAUCAUCUCACUGGUGAAUGUGAAUGUAAACCUGGUUACUACGAUGUAAAAUGUUUGCAAAUCUGUCCGGAAGGAAAGUUUGGUUUAAAUUGCACGAGUAAUUGUACUUGCGAAAAUGGAGCGGACUGUUCUCCCGUUAAUGGAACCUGUACCUGUAAACCUGGAUGGACCGGUAAAAAGUGCAAUAAACGUGCUUGUCCGGAUGGACUCUUCGGACCUAAUUGUUUAAAAGUUUGUCAAUGCAGCGACGACAAUACAGAUCUGUGUCAUCCUGCAACUGGGGAAUGUAUAUGCAAGGCAGGGUGGGACGGCGAAACCUGCAACAGACCUUGUCCUUUCUACACGUACGGAAAGGGCUGCCAAAAUCGUUGCAAUUGCAAAAAUAAUGCGCAAUGCUUGCCUAUAAACGGGACCUGUAUCUGCGCUGCUGGAUACAGAGGUGAGGAUUGUAGCGAAGUAUGUCCUGACCACACUUACGGCGAGAACUGUGCACAAAAAUGUGUUUGCAAAAAUGGUGCCACUUGUUCACCCGAGAAUGGCCGAUGCAACUGUACAGCAGGAUGGGUUGGUGUUUCUUGUGAUCGUCCCUGCGAUGAUAGAUCAUUCGGCAGAAACUGCGAGGGCAAGUGCAAGUGUUUUAAUAAUGCCGCCUGCAAUCCUCAAAAUGGCACGUGCACGUGUGCAGCUGGCUUCACCGGCGAGCUUUGCCAAGAUCAUUGCAAAACCGGAUACUUUGGACUGGGGUGUACUCAGGUCUGUGAUUGUCACGAAGACAAUAGUUUGGGCUGUGAUCCUGCCACGGGUCGUUGCAUCUGUAAGCCAGAAUGGCGAGGAGUACGCUGUGAAACCAAGUGUCCUGAAGGCCUUUAUGGCAAUGAUUGUCAUUCACACUGCGAAUGUAUGAACAACAGUUCAUGCGAUCCUGAUACUGGCACAUGUAUUUGUGCCAGAGGUUGGGAAGGAGCUGAUUGUUCUCAGCCCUGUAAAGAAGGCUGGUAUGGUGUAGGCUGUAAAGAGAAGUGUCCAGAGAAAAUGCAGGUCAAUCACUUCGAAGACUCUGAUAAUAUGACGUGUGAUCAUGUUACCGGAGAAUACGUUUGCCGUCCUGGAUACUUAGGCUUAACUUGUGAACAUCCUUGUCCGCCAAAUCGCUAUGGACUGAACUGUGCUAAUCGCUGUCGUUGUAAAAAUGGUGGAGAAUGUCAUCAUGUAACCGGCAUAUGUCAGUGUCGUCCCGGUUGGAAGGAUGAGCAUUGUCAAACACCGUGUCCGGAAGGAACAUAUGGUAUAAAUUGCAGUCAACAUUGUACGUGCCAAAACGGAGGAAAGUGUAGGUCUAACGAUGGCCACUGCCGUUGUGCACCCGGUUGGAUUGGCACCAAAUGCACCGAGAUUUGUCCAGAAGGAUACUACGGUGAUCACUGCAUGGAACCCUGCAAUUGUAAAAGUGACUUUUACACUUGUCAUCCUGCUGAUGGUUGCAUUUGUAGACAUGGAUACGGAGGCCCAGAUUGCAACGAAGAACUAUUUUCACGUAACAUUCAAGAAAAAGAUAAUGGUGGAUAUGGUAGUAUAGUAGCAGGAUUUUUGUUUGCUGCAAUUGUUGUCGUUGCUAUGAGUUUAGCAGCUUGGAUAUAUCACCGACGCAGGGUAGCUGAUCUUAAAAAUGAGAUUGCCCAAGUACACUACGUCGCUGAUCCUCCUUCUCCACCAGAGCAAACUCAAUUUGACAAUCCAGUGUAUGCCUAUCAGGGCUCGUCGAAAUUCGAUGAUGGAACAACUACUUUGUUGAACAAUUUCCAGUUCAGAAAUAAUCUUGGAACAAGCAAGAAAAUAAAUAAUGAGAAGGCUAAACUGGGAAUGAGCAGUUGUAUAGAUGAUGAUGACGACGAUUGUAAAGGAGCAUAUAAUCGAUACGAUCUCAAGAAUCGAGAUGCAGAUAUGGGAAAUCCAAACCUUAACGUAUAUCAUAGCAUCGAUGAAAUGGAUGGGAAAAAAAUUGAACAUGUUUACGAUGAAAUUAAGCAGAACAACGAUGAGUCAGAGUACGAUGAAUUAGGUAACCCAAGACCGGUUAGCGGUUAUAAACAGUUCAAUCGAAUGCCAAAUGGCUUCUGCUCUAAACCCUCGGAUAAUGCAGGACCUAGUAGAUCGAAGGAAAAAGAUCCAGAACUUGGUGAAACUUAAAUUCUCCUCAUUCUUCAUUUCACUUCAAGUUAAAUCAUAUAAUCUUAAUUUUUGAAAGAGGUAGUUUCCAUGUGAUUUCAAACAAAUUAUGAGAAGCAUAUCUAUUCUUGAUCACUAGCGAUUAAUUCUGCUUGCCUCUCACAGCAAGACGAGUUACUAUGUUAAUCGUAAGUUCUGAGAAAUCAUCUUGACAAACAUAUUUUCAUUUAGAAGGAUGCAAACUUACUCCAAUUGCUCAGUAUAUGCAUGUACAUAGUUAAAUAGUAAUGAAAAAAAUAGUCAGAUCAAUAUUUUAUUUAUAACAAUCGUAUACUCAUAAUAGACAUUUAUCUAUAGUAUGUGCCCUUUUUGCAAUAUUUAGCGAAAUUAAUAAUUGUAGGAUGUUUGAUGCAAUAUUAUUAUUUUAAAUAAUUGAUACAAAACAAGUGGCUAUAAUCUAAUCAGUCUUUUUAUAAUUGACACUAAGAAGAAUUUUAAACUUUUCGUUGGUUAUAGUUGAAAAUAAAAGUUACAAAUUAAUGUAAAUGAACAAGAAAUGUUCGCGUGAUGUAGUAUCAAAGUCGUGCAAAGAAAGUUGUGAUAUUUAAAGAAAUUAUAUAAAAGAUACUACUUAAAGUAAAAAGUUUUAAAAGAGGAAAUGGAAAGAUAGUUGACUAUUAUAUA